AUGCGGCCCGAAGUCCAGCUUUCAGCCUCGCUUCGAUUCAGGAUGGAAAACUUCCGCUUCGACUGGAAGGGGAGCUUGGCGCCAGAGCGGCGAGAGGGCGCGGUGGAGAUCGGGUGCGUGGAUUGGAAGGCGAGUUUGAUCCCCGUGCAGGCCGUUGAGGCCGGGGUGUCGGCUUCGGAUCGAUGGAUGUAG